AUGCCUCCCACAGUUGGGACUUCAAGACAGACGACGACCGCCUACGACUCAACAACCAAGUUAGUAGACGACGAUGAAGCGCGACCGUACGUUAUAGUCAGUAUUCUGGGGAAGGGGAGCUUCGCGACGGUGUAUAAGGGAUACCACGAGGAAACGCGACAUCAAGUCGCCAUCAAGACCGUCAAACGCGGAGACCUCAGCGCCAAGCUUUUUGACAACCUCCAAAGUGAAAUCCAAAUCCUAAAGUCACUAUCACACAGGCACAUUACCAAGUUAAUCGACAUUGUACGCGCGGACAAGCACAUUUAUCUGAUAAUGGAGUAUUGCGCCGGUGGAGAUCUCACAAAUUACAUCAAGAGACGUGGCGGUUUAGAUGAAAUCGUCGUUCGGAGUUUUCUCCGACAGCUUGCGCGUGCUCUCAAAUUUUUGCGGCACCGAAACUUGAUUCACAGGGAUAUCAAGCCACAGAACCUGCUCCUCAAUCCCGCCCCCCCUGAAGAACUCGCCCGUGGGCACCCUUUAGGUGUACCCAUCCUUAAAGUGGCAGAUUUUGGUUUUGCACGGUCGUUACCCAAUGCGAUGAUGGCUGAAACACUAUGUGGAUCUCCGUUGUACAUGGCUCCUGAGAUACUGAGAUAUGAGAAGUAUGACGCCAAAGCUGACCUUUGGUCAGUAGGCGCUGUAUUGUAU